AUGUCGGUCUCGUCCGGGCGGCGGCUGGGCGCAACCGCCGCCGUUGCGCCCGCCGCGAGCGGCGUUGAAACGCGAGAGCUCUCGGUGUCGGCCGACGGCGUCGCUCUGCGCGGAUUUGCGGAGGAGUGCGGUGUAUUCCUCCUGCCCUCCCGGUGCGACCUGCCAGGGAGCGUUGAGUUCCGGAUGCUCCAGACGCGCGGCGCCGCGCGGGGAGGGUCGCUGCGGCCCACGAAGCGCAUCGAGGUCGCAGUGCGGGGCCUCGCAGUCGGCGCGGACGCACCCCUGAAGGUCGCGGCCGCGAUCGAGGCGGGCAAGCGGCGGGGGCGGCGGCGCAGCAGCGACGGCAGCGGGGAUGGGGCGGGGCCGUACGAGUCGGCGUCGGAGCAGCGACCGCAGCCGCGAAUGCAGCCGUCGCCGCCGCCGCCGCCGCCGCAGCAGCAGCAGCAGCAGCAGCAGCAGCAGGAGGAGGACAAGGAGGAGGAGGAAGAGGAUGUGAGUGUGAGCGUGUCGGUGGUGGUAGAAGCGCUGCAAGUCUUGGUCACAUCCACAGACGCCCCGCUCAGCACCGCAGCGCCCCCGCAGCCCGCGCACCCCCAGUUGUCCGCCCAGCUCUCCCGCGUCGCCGGGGUGCAGCGGCGCUCGACCCUGCCGCACGCUGGCGUCGGCGCCGCGGCGCUGCUGGCGCCGCCGCUGGGGGCGGUCGGGUGCCAGGCGCUGCUGGAGCUGCCAUACCUUUCUGCCUCGACGGGCGAGGAGCCCAGUGCCGGCGCCGCUGCGGAGGCUGCUGCGGCUGCAAGUGUGUCGCCUCUGCUCAUGCCGCGGCAGGGCCAGCAGCAGCAGCAGCAGCAGCAGCAGCAGGGGCGGCAGCAGGGGCGGCAGCAGCGGGGGCUGUCCGUAGACGCCCGCCACCUGACUCUCCACCUUCCAGAGUCCAGCACCAGCGAUUUCUUGGUGCCGGCCCUCAGGGUGCCGGCCGUGCGUGCCUCCCCGGCCACGGCGGACGGGGCCGGCCUCAGCGGCAGCAGGAAAGGGGCAGCCGUGCUGGUGGACGUGCCUGGCGUCGGCGUCGCGCUGCGGCCGGCGCAGGUGGCGCUGAUCGGGGAAGUCGCCGCUGCAAAGGCUGCUCUGAUGCAGCUCUGGAUGCCGCCACCUGCGGGCGUGGCGGCGGCGGAGGCAGCACGGGCGGCAGCGGCGGCGGCCGAGCGGGAGCCGUUGGGGCCGCGAGGCGCGGCGCGCGUCGAGGUGGGCAGCAUACAGGUGGCGGUGCUCCCAGAGCUGGGCGGCAGCGAGCACGCGGUUGUGCUGACGUGGCGGGGCUUCGCCCUGGAUUACUCAGGGUGCGAGUCAGGGGAGCCAGGGGCCAACGACCAGCCGCGGCAGGGGCGCGUGUCGGCCGCAGGAGCCAGUAAGGAGGGGCGUUGGCAAGCGCGGCAGGAGCAGCAGCAGCAGCAGGAGGAGGAGAAGGGAAGGCCGCAGGCGGAGCGCCUGUCGCUGGCCGUCCACUGGUCUGUCCUCGAGGCGCGCCUUGUCAGCGUCGGCCCUCAGGGCCCGCCCGCCCCGCCGCAGCGCGUCCACGCCCCCGGCCUGCCGGCGAUGUGCGCACUGCUGCGCCCCGACGCGCCGCUCGGCCGCGGCGGCGGCGCCUCUGCCGCCGCGAGCGCCGCUGCGGGCGCGGGCUCGGCAGACGAUGCGUUCUUUGACGCCCGAAGCGUCGCGACGGCCCUCGGCUCGGGCUCCCUGAGCCGCUUUGCGUCGGCCACCUCCGAGCCCUGGCCGUCCCUUGGGAUAGGCUCCCUAGCUUCCGGCGGCUUCCACUCCCCGAGGUCGGUCAUGACGUCACUGAGCGGCGCGACCGCCGGCCUGGCCGCCGUCCGCGCUGGCGCGGCGGGCGUCGAGCCCGCGGGCAGCAUCGUGGCGGCUUCCUGGCAGCUGCUCGGCACGUCACCGCAGGCCGUGCCCGGCAGGGGCGGCGGCGGAGGCGGCGGCGGGGGGUCCCUCAGCUCGGGGUCGCUGGGCGGCGGCGGCGCGGCGGCGGCGCGGCAGCAUCGCGCGCGGCUCCGCAGCGGCGGCACGGGCGGCGGCGCCGACGGGUGGGCCGCGUCACAAGGCCGUGGGUUUGCCCAGAGCGUGCGGCGGUCGUCGUUUGAUGGCGCCGCGACCGAGGCGGACGUCGAGUUCUAUUCUGUGGUGGGCGACUCGGAUGACAACCCCGAAGAUGAGAUCCAGGAUGCCAUUGCAAUCGGCGCCGCAGGCGGCAGCAGCUUUGGCGGCAGGGAUGGCUGGGAGCACGGCGGCAACAGCGUCGGCGGCGUCGGCGGCGGGGGCGCGACGGUUGGCGCAGGGUUGGGUCUAGGGGACCUGCUCUGGGGGUGCGACGGCGUCGACGGCAACGAUGGGCCGCAGGGGCUGCUGCUUUUUGCUUUGACUGCAAUUGACGGGCGGCAAUCGGAGGCGGAGCGGUGUGUUGGGAACGAGGAGGGCCAGCAUAAGCAGCAGCAGCAGCAGCAGCGCAAGGAGUUUGCCUCGCCUUUUGCUGCCGCCGUCGCCGCAGAGCAGCGCCGAAAGGAGCAGCGAUCCCAGCUCGGCGUCCUUGCGCCACAAGCACUCCUGCUGCGAGCCACGCACGCACUGCAGGGGCCAGGAGCGCCCCUGGCUGGCCCCUCCUCACCGCCUCGCGAGCCUGCGCUGCCCUGCGCGGGUCGCCGCUCGUCCACGCCGCCGCCCAUCACGCCGCCGGGGAGCGUGCCGCAGUCUCCGAGGGCGCGGCGGCUGGCGGCGCCCGCGCAGCACGCGGCAGCGUCGACCGCAAGCGGCGCGGGGGCCGCGCCCGGCUCAGCACUGGCUGCAGGCGAGGGGCUUGGUGGCAGCGUAGAGGGGACAACAGCCGACGUCGCGAAGCUGCGGCACUUGCCCCCAUCAAUGGCAGCUCCCACCUCUGGCACGGUCGCCGCCGCCGCCGCGGCCGCAGAGGUGGCCGCUGCCGGCCCGUUGAACAGCGGGCCCGACGUCCCAGGGAGCACCCUAGAGCCCCUGCCAGGCUCGCCGGUUGCAGCAGGCAGGCGCGGGGGCGACGGCCCUGCGCCGCCCUGCUGGGAUGCGAGCGCAUGCGCGCCACAGCUCAAUGCAGCAGGCGCCGCCCUCGCCAGCCGGGCGGGCGCCGGCGGUGGCGGCGGCCGCGGCAGGGCGGUGUCGGCGACGGAGGUUGAUUUGGAGUUUGCUCGCUGGCAGCUGCUGGUCUGCGUGGGCGACUGGGACUCUGCCGCGCCCUGCAUGGUGCAGUGCCUGAACGCCGCGCUGCAGGCAGCAUAUGCAGCGGGUGCGGUGCCGCCGCCAGAGCCGAGGCCAGCGCCGCGGGAGGACGAGGGCGCGGCGGCGCCCGAGGCGGAGGCGGGUGCUUUGGCGGCCGCCGCUGCGGAGGAUGGCGGCACCACCUUUGCUCUGCGCGCCUCGCUGCCGGAGCUCGCGUUGGUGGUGUCCUUCCCUGCGGCAAGCGCGGCCUCUUCGGAGCCGGCGCCAGCGCUGCGGCUCCUCCUCGACGCGCGCGCCUGGCUCAGCCAGAACCACGGCGCGGCAGGGCCGGCCGACGCCGGGGUUGCGGUCGGCCGCCUGCUUGCGCACGCCGAGGCGCAGGCCGCCGCGCUGGCGGCCGAGGCCGCCGCCGCCGCCACGCUGGCCGUCCCGCCGGGCGCGCCCGGGGAGGCGGUCCCGUUGAGCGUCGCGCUGUUCGGAACCGGUGACGAUUACGCCUUGGACUUGGAGGCGGACGUGUCCAAGGUUGCGGUCCUGUGCAGCAGCGACGAGGAAGAGCCUGGCGCCCCGCCAGGCGCGCGUGCCGCACUGGCCCACGCUGCGCCGGGCGUGCCUGUGUUCGAAGCUGCCCUCUCCCCGCUGCGCGUCCAGCUCAGCACCGACGGCGGCAGCAGCGGCGGCGAGGGGCAGCAAUUGGAGCUGCAGCUGCAGGGUAGCUUCCUCCUGGACGUGUACAGCGUGGAGAAGCUGGGUUGGGAGCCGGCGGUGGAGCCGUGGGCGUUCCAGGCGUCCCUCUCCCAGGACGCCCCCGCGCCCGGCGGCGCCCCUGCCACCCGCCUCAGCCUUUCGUCCCAGGAUCUGCUGCAGUUGACUGUCUGCCCCAGCGCCAUCCUGGCGGCAGCCGAGGUGCGGCUCAUGGCCAACGAGGCGGCGCGCGCCGCGGCCGGCGCCGCUGCCGCCGCCCUGCUCGAAGGCUUCUCGACUGCUGGCGGCGCCGAGGCCGCCGCCGGCGACGCGCCAGCGGGCGCGCGCGGCGGCGGCUGCUGGCUGGUGAACGAGACCGGCGCAGUGCUUUCUUUUGUUGUAAUGGAUGCGGCUGCGACGCCCGCGGCCGCCGCUGCGCGGCUGGCGGCGGGCGGCAGCGCGGCCGGCGUCGCCGGCGCGCGGCGCGCGGUUCCGCUGCAGGUGUGGGACCCGGCCGCCGCCUGCUUCGGCGGCAGGUGGGUUGAGCGCCCCAAUGGGGGCGGCGGCGGCGGCGUGAGCUCAGCGGCGCACACUUCGAGCCACACGUUCCCGGGAUUUGGCGCUGGCGGCGGCUUGCAGCUGUUCCUGCAGCUGCAAGGGCAGCGGGGCGUGUUCGGGCCGGUGUCGCUGCGGCGGCACGGCACCAGCCUGCACGUGCUGCAGGGGGCGGAGGGCGGCGGCAGCUUGAGGCCUCCAACCCUGGUCUGCGACGUGCAGCCUUACAAAUACGGAUCCCUGCUGCUGUCUGUACACUCAUGCGUCCAGGUGUCUAACGACACCGGCGUGCCCCUGCAAAUCGGCGCCCUGUCCCUGCCCGCCCUGGAGCCGCAGCCCAUUGCGCUGCUCACGCCCGGCGCGGUGUCAUGGCUGCCCCUGCACCUGGCGACGGCCGCGGCCCCCGCCCUCUGCCUGCGGCCGGCGCCGCUCGGCAGCGGCGGCAGGGGGCAUGGCAGCGGCGCCGACCUCCAGCAGCAAGAGUAUGACGGGCCAGCUUUGCAGCAACAGCAGCAGCAGCAGCAGCAGCAGCAGCAGCAGCAGCAGCAGCAGCAGCAGCAGCAGCAGGAACUGUACGGCUGGUCUCGCGCUAUCGACGUGCCGUCCCUGCUGCUGCCGGCCGCUGACGCCGUCGGCAACCGCGCCGCGUUUUGGUACUGCCCGCCGACCGCACCGCAGCAGCGGCCGCUGGCCCGCACCGUCCUGUUCCCGCCCGCAGGCGCCACCCUCGGCGGCCCCACCGCGGGCGGCGCCGGCGCGGCUAGCCACAACAGCAGCUAUGCUGAGCUGCAUCACUACUUUUUAGACGCAUCUGGGCAGCCGCACCACCAUCAGUUGCAGCACCUCGCGCCGGCGCCGUUCAGCAUGCGGCGCGCGCGCGGUGCGGGCCACGGCAGCACCGGCGCCUUCAGUGCAAGCAGCCAGCUCACCGGCAGCGACGCGGGCGGCUCGCAGCCCGCGACGCCGCAGCACCGCGCCGGGCGCGCCGGGGCGCCGCUGCUGGUGUGUGUUGCCGCCGCGCCGCUAGAGGCAAGCGCUGACGCAGCGGCAUCGCUGGGCCCCGCCGCCGGGUGCGACGGCUCCCUGCAUGCGGCGGUGCCACAGCCCGCGUGGCUCAGAGAUGGCCCGCCCAGCGCGCUGACGCCGGGUGCCGGCCGCACGCGCGGCGCCCCGCCCGGCCGGGCGUCCUCGCAGCCGCUGUGCGCGCUGUGGCGCCUGCGCGUCUCGCCGCCGGUCGUGCUGACCAACCAGCUGCCGGUGCCGCUGACCGUCGCCCUCGGCGCCGGCGGCGGCGGCGGCCGCGCGGGCGGCGCGCCGCACGCGGGCGGCGGCGAGGCGCGGAUCACCGAGGCGACGAUUCAGCCCGGCCAGCAGCUGCGGCUGUACGAUCUCGAGCCGCAUCUCUACCAGAGGCUGCAGAUCCGACCGCUCGGCUUCCACCCGACGCCUUGGAUCUCGCUGCCUGGCGCUGGGGCCGCCGCGCUUCAAGGGCCGUCCAACGAGCCGCCCGGCGGCGGCGGCGCCGGCGGCGACGAGCGGGAGGGGUGUCAUGGUCGGGCGCGGCGCCCGGCGGGACGCUGA